UGGCGACACUAGGAUCUGAUCCUACUGAUGGAUUCCCCCACCUUCAUUUCUUUCCGAACACACUUGCUGCCGAUCGGUAUCCAAGACCCAACUUUACCAGAACAAGUCAUCAUCCAUCUUAAUCCGAAGAGAGAGUUGAUCUAUUAGCUUGCGACACCUCAAUUGCCUCUAGGCACCACCAGUAAACAGAUUGAACACUUCUUGGCGGGCUCCACCUCCACCUCCACCUGCACUUGCACGGCCCCAACACCCAAAUCUUCAAAACGCUGCAUAAUCAAACACGAAAAGAAUCCGUCUGCCUUUUACCGAGCUCGAGUUUUCGGCUUUCGGCGUUGCACAAAAGCAAGCAAUUGAUUGUUAAACAGAAAGAAGACAGGCCACACAUUGAAUCUUCUUCUCCCUUGGCACGAGUGGCUUCUGUUUGCAGCCGAUGGCUUUGAGUUUGAGCUGUGGUACUGGUAGAAGGAGAUGGAUGUGCCGAGCAGUGUGCAGAGGAGGGAAUGGAGGCGCAGGCUGUCGCCAUUUCCACGUCCACCACCACUUCCCGCGCCAGGUCUGCGCAUUCUCGUCUCUCCGGUUGCUGCCUCGCUUCUCGCUGUUGCCUUUUCUGCUGAUCCUUCCGGUGCUUUUCUUCGCCGUGCUUGCCUUUCUCGUGUGGUUCGGCUGGUUCACCCUGGUCUAUUUCGUGUCUUCCCUGUUGAGCAAAGACAAUAACCAUGCGUGCUUCAAGAGCGGUAGCGUCAACCACGCCGGUGAUGUCCGUCAGCUUCGCGGAGAAGGUGAACAGGGAGGAAAGAAAGAGGAUAGAGAUUUGAAGCGUGUGACAGAGUCUGGUGGUGACUCUGCUGUGCCAGAAGUUUGUGUACAAAGGAUGGAGAUAAAAGAGGCGUUUGUUGAUGGAUUCUUUGACGAAUCAAGGGACACACCAAGGACGGUUUCGCCCGAUGCUUGUUUCAACGAAGAAGAUCAGGCCGAUGAUGAGAAACUUGUGGAAGAGGUGACGAUCUUCGAGGCAAACAGGAACAAGUUACAAGCAAUUUCUGAUAUAGAGGGUUCUUCAGAAAGGCGUCAGGUUCACGACUUACCAUUUGAUUGGUUUCUGGAGGAGCUUAACAUCAAAGAGUUCAGCACAUCGCGUGAUACAGAAAAAUUAGAGGAUUUACAAAACGGUGAACAAUUUACAGCGAACCGAAAGGAUGUUUCAGCUUUUACUUCAUCUAAAUUUUUUGAAUUUAUCGACAAGCAUGAAACGAGGGUGGCAGUGAUUAAUGGUUCUGCAAAUGGUUAUAAGAUUAGAGAGUUAACCUCCUCAGAUGAUUCAGUCCACGAUGGUCUUGGAAAUGAACACAAGGAGAUCAAACAACAACAGAACAUAAAAGAAUUUUCUGUUAACAUUUUGGCUAACGAGCUAUCUGAAGACGUCAAACAGCAUGAAAUCCAAAAGGUGGUUACUGAUCACAACAACAAGUUACCUGAAGAGGAUAUCAUGGAGGAAAACGGAAAGCAGAUUGUCAGUACUUCAGAUGAAGUCCGUGAUUUCAACAAUGAGAGUGAAACGUUAUGGUUGCCGCUCGAUUCUGUAUGUGAAAAUAAAUACACAACUGUGGCCGAUUCAAAUGCUUCGUUUCAUCCUACGAAUACUGAUGAAGACGUUGAACAUGAAGAAGAGCUUACCGUCAACAACAGAGUGGAGGCAUCAAGUUCUACGUCUUUAGUUUGUAAUUUCGCUGAAAACCAUCAGGCAAAUAGAGAAGAGAUUGAUGUUUUCACAAAUGACGACAACAUUCGAGAGGUGGCUUCACUGACCGAAGAUGAAGAUGAAAAAAGUAAUGAUAACUGUACAUCCCAGGGAGAACCACGCAGAUUACCGCACGUUAGGAGGUCCCCACCACCAUGGUGGAAUUUAUGCGGAGUCCUUGAUGUGUUUGCCGUAUGUAAAGAUUGAAUUGAGGUCUCCAAAGGUGCUCAGGGAAACAUUAGGUUCACUGAAACUUUCAGGUCAUCGAGCUUUGCCAUGUGUCAGCUGUUUUUCCUGCCUUCACACUUUCAAUCGUUGUGCGCAGUGUCGUGGCUUUGACCAUUUGAUUUUCUUCAUUUUCGUUUCACUGUCUUUUUGUGGAUUUUGGGAUUUUCGUAGCAGGGUUUUGCUCCAAAACAGAGGUAGCAUAUAAUACUGGACGGUUGCUGGUAUUGGAUUGGGUUUUACAGUGAGGCUACAUUUUUUUUUUCAAAAAAGGAGUUUUAUUAACUCUUAUCGUUACAUUAAACUGAUGUAACCGUAAAAAAUUUACCUUCAGUCUCUACACAGCUAAGAUGCACACAGCCAGAUGAGGCUGCAUUGUUUCGA